GAGCUGAGUGGCGAAGGAAGUGCCAAAGGGAGGAGAAAAGCAGCGAGAGGGGAAAGGUAAAAGAUGGGACGGUUGCCCUUGUGCUCUAGGUGACGGGAACGCCUGGUUACCAUGAAGUCCCGGGGGAGAUAGACAGCRGUGGGAUUUCUUCCCACUCCUCCAAAACGAACAAGCAGUCGCCUAAUGGGAUUACCUCCUGUGCUGACAUCAUGGGGAGCUGCUGCAGUUGUCUGUGCAGGGACAGCAUCCCAGACAACCAUCCCACCAAAUUUAAGGUAACRAACGUGGACGAUGAAGGUACCGAGCUGGGCUCUGGGGUGAUGGAACUGACGCAGACGGAGCUCAUCUUGCACACUCACAAGCGCGACGCUGUCAGGUGGCCCUACCUCUGCCUGCGCCGCUACGGCUACGACUCCAACCUCUUCUCCUUCGAGAGCGGGCGCCGCUGCCAGACAGGGCAGGGAAUUUUUGCGUUUAAGUGCUCCAGAGCAGAGGAGAUCUUUAAUUUGCUCCAGGAUCUGAUGCAAUGUAAUAGUAUCAAUGUAGUGGAAGAGCCUGUUGUCAUCACCAGGAACAGUCACCCUGCGGAGCGGGAGCUUUCCCGGACUCCCCAGGCAUCCAACAGUCUGGGCUACACUGUCCCAGGACUUCCCAAUGGAUUUCACAGCUUCCCUGGAGAAACCCUAUCCUACUCCACAGCUCGCCCCCCCUCCGUGAGCAGCCUGAGACAUUCUUCCGUUGGUGAAGACUCCACUCAUGCUCUCAUUGGACCUGAUGAGCAGUCCCACACCUAUGUGAACACAGCCCGUGGCGAGCAGGAGCUGAGGGGCCGGCACUGUAUGCACUCCUUGCCUCAAGUCCACCCUCCUUUCCCCCAUAGGAACCACAGCUGCUCCCUGGAGGACCGCGAUCCCCAGGUCUUUCUGCAGCCGGGGGAGGUUAAGUUUGUGCUAGGUCCCGCACCCAGGCACGUGGUGAAACGAGAUAGCGCCUGUCAGCACCGCCGCGAGUGCAGGACACACUUGUGCAGCCCCAACAACAACAACAACGAGUGGGAGGACGAGUGUCCAUCGCCCCAGUGCGUCUACGAGAACGUCAAUGGCUCCGUGCCCGCCGGGCACGCGGCCCUGCACCGCGGCGGGCGCUUGAAACCGCCCCGGGAGCCGCGGCAGCUCAACUACAUCCAGGUGGAGCUGCAGGCCGAGGCGCCCGCCGCGGCGCCCGCCGCCGCCCGCCCCGCCGACUCCUACGCKGUCAUCGACCUCAAAAAGACGGCGGCCAUGUCCAGCCUGCAGAGGGCCCUGCCCAGGGAUGACGGCACCGCGAGGAAGACRCGGCACAACAGCACCGACCUGCCGCUGUGAGGGCCGAGCCCGGCGCCCCGGCCUCGUGCCCGCUGCGACUCGCGUGUGCCAUUGCCUUCUGCUUCCCCCUUUCCUCGGAGCGUGGCUCCCGGCAAUCAUGGCAAGGCUGYGCUGUUGGCCAACCUUCCCCGCUCCGCUCUCCCUGGGUGGCUUUGUUUCUAAAGCCUCGUGGGGUUUUAUGGAGACGUUUGAGGGUUGGAUUUUUUUUCUCCCGGAGGAAGGG